AUGGUCAAGAAGUCCAACGGCCAGUGGAGAAUGUGUGUCGACUUCACCGAUCUCAACAAAGCGUGUCCCAAAGAUUCGUAUCCCCUACCUAGCAUCGAUCGUUUGGUAGAUGGAGCUUCGGGUCAUGUUAUACUCAGCUUUCUCGACGCCUACUCGAGAUACAACCAAAUUCCAAUGUACGAGCCUGAUCAGAGCAAAACAGCCUUCAUUACCGAACAUGCUAAUUACUGUUAUGAAGUAAUGCCGUUCGGUUUGAAGAAUGCUGGGGCCACUUAUCAACGCCUCAUGGAUAAAAUCUUCUAUCAUCAAAUAGGACGAUGCAUGGAUGUAUAUGUCGACGAUAUGGUUAUUCGCAGCAAUUCUGUGGAGCAACACCUGCAGGAUUUAAAGGAAGUUUUCGGCCAACUCCGACGGUACAGCAUGCGCCUUAAUCCUUCCAAGUGUACUUUCGGUGUCCCGGCGGGUAAGUUCUUGGGCUUCAUGCUUACACAUCGAGGCAUCGAAGCUAAUCUAGACAAGUGCAAAGCUGUACUCGAAAUGGCUGCUCCAAAAACUCUAAGGGAGGUGCAACGUCUAGUGGGUCGGCUCACAGCCUUGUCCCGAUUCAUUCCGAAGUUAGCUGAGCACAUCAAGCCCAUCCUGAAGAAUUUGAAAAAGGGCACCACACGGCACUGGGACGAUGAUUGUGAAACAGCAUUCAACACCGUCAAACACAUUCUCACCAGUCCUCCAAUUAUGGCUCGACCGGACGAUGGGUCCGACUUGCAGCUGUAUAUCGCAGCAUCCCACCACGCUGUCAGUGCGGCCUUGAUACAGGAGGUGCCCUCCCUCAAGCUGAUAUACUUCAUCAGUCGUACACUGCAGGGGGCCAAAGAACGAUAUUCUCGAAUUGAGAAAAUUGCCCUGGCCCUGCUCACAGCUUCUCGUCGACUUCGACCAUAUUUCCAGAGCCAUCAGGUAGUAGUCCGCACAGAUCACCCCAUAGCCAAGAUCCUCCGCAAACCAGACUUGGCAAGACGGAUGGUUUCCUGGUCCGUGGAGCUGUCAAAGUUCGGACUCCGUUACGAGUCACGCAGGUCCAUCAAGGGUCAACAUUUAGCAGACUUUGCAGCUGAGUUGAUACCUGCACUAGAGGACUCGACCCCAAAGUGGAUCCUCAGUGUGGAUGGUUCCUCAGACAAAAGGGGAGGAGGAGCCGGUGUCGUCCUAGAAGGACCGGGUGGUUUAGUCAUAGAGCAAGCCAUCACAUUCAAGUUUCCAGCUAGCAACAACCAGGCCGAGUACGAAGCCUUAAUAGCUGGCCUGUCCUUGGCCAGAGAGUUCACGAUAAAUCGUCUUGAGUGUCGAAUGGAUUCAAAGUUGGUAGUCGGCCACGUGAACGGAACUUAUCAAGUCAAGGAUAAUCACUUGCUCCGCUAUUUCCACAAAGCUCAAACCUUAUUUCAAAACUUCGUCAAGGUUAGCGUCAUCCAUGUACCCAGGGAGCAGAACGCAAGAGCAGAUCUCUUGUCUAAGUUAACUCAUUCUAAGGAACGAGCGCAACUAUCCUCGAUCAUUAAGAUGACGCUCGACCGUCCUGUCGUGGAAGCUUUCGUCACCAACGUGUCGACACCCAUAACAGACUGGCGCCAGAAGAUCAAGGAUCUCAUGGAGAAACAAGACCAAGGGGAGAGCAUUACUGUGACCGAUUCCAAACGUAUUGCACGUUUCGUAUGCAUAGGCGACGACCUUUACCGCCGCGGCCACGGUACUCCUCUGUUGAAAUGCAUAUCAGAGGAAGAAGCAGACUACGUACUGCGCGGAUUGCACACCGGCAUAUGCGGAUUUCAUUCUGGUAAGAGCACAUUGAGGGCACGCAUUCUCCGCGCAGGAUAUUACUGGCCUACACUCGACCACGAUUGUGAGACAUUUGUCAAGAAAUGUAUCUCCUGUCAGGCCCACGGUCACGACAUCCAUGCACCUCCCGAAGAUUUACAUAGUAUUGUUUCCCCCUGGCCGUUCGCUCAGUGGGGCCUCAAUAUAGUGGGACCGUUACCGAUCGCCAAAGCGCAAAACAAGUUCCUUCUCGUGGCGGUCGACUACUUCACAAAAUGGAUAGAAGCCGAGCCGUUGUCCGUCAUUACUGCCCAACGAGUGCAGCAGUUCAUCUGGCGCCUCAUCUGUCGGUUCGGCCUCCCUCAGAAGAUCAUUACUGACAACGGUCGCCAAUUCAUCGAGCGCAAGCUAGAAGAUUUCCUUAGCAAUUUGGGCAUCAAACAUGUCACCUCGUCCGUCGAGCAUCCUCAGACGAACGACCAAGCAGAGGCCGCAAACAAAGCCAUACUGACGGAGCUUAAAAAGCGACUCGGUGAAGCCAAAGGUUUGUGGGUAGAGGAACUACCAGAGGUUUUGUGGGUGUACAGAUGCACUCCUCACGGAUCGACAAGGGACACACCAUUCAACCUAACUUACGGCACUGACGCCAUGCUCCCAGUCGAGGUGGGCGAACCUUCGUUAAGGCGGCAUAUCACUGAUAUGUCGCUUAAUGAAGAACAGUUGCGGAUGAAUCUCGAUGUCCUUCCUGAGCGUCGAGAAGUCGCCACCAUCCGUGCAGAAGCACAGAAGCGAAUGUUAUCUCGCCGAUACAACACCAAGGUCAAACCCAGAGCCUUCAAAAGCGGUGAUCUGGUAUGGCGAAAACGGGGAGAGGCUAGGAAAAAUCGCGCGCACGGCAAGCUUGCAGCCAACUAG